AUGGAGCCGGCGGGGCCCUGUGGCUUCUGCCCGGCGGCGGAGGCCCAGCCAGCGCGUUACACCUGCCCUCGCUGUAAUGCGCCCUACUGCUCGCUGCGCUGCUACCGGACGCAUGGCACCUGCGCAGAAAACUUCUACCGUGACCAGGUGCUGGGAGAGCUCCGCGGUCGCAGCGCCUCGCCUAGCCGCCUAGCAAGCGCCCUACGCCGGCUGCGUCAGCAACGCGAGACCGAGGACGAGCCUGGGGAAGCAGGUCUCAGCCCCGGCCCGGCGCCCGGCGGCCUCUCGGGACUCUGGGAGCGGCUGGCGCCGGGCGAAAAAGCUGCCUUCGAGCGGCUGCUGAGCCGCGGUGAGGCCGGGCGGCUGCUGCCUCCAUGGCGGCCGUGGUGGUGGAACCGCGGAGCCGGACCGCGGCUUCUGGAGGAGCUGGAUAAUGCCCCGGGUAGUGACGCCACGGAGUUGGAGCCCGCCCCUGCGAGGACCCCGCCGGAAUCUGUGAAAGAUGCCUCCGCCGCGGAGCCCGCGGCCGCCGAGCGGGUUCUUGGAGAUGUCCCGAGGGCCUGCACGCCCGUCGUACCCACCCGCAUCCCCGCGCUAGUCAGCCUGAGCCGCGGCCCAGUCUCGCCGCUCGUGCGCUUCCAGCUGCCCAAUGUGCUGUUCGCCUACGCGCAUACUCUCGCCCUGUAUCACGGCGGUGACGACGCGCUGCUCUCUGACUUCUGUGCCACACUGCUCGGCGUUUCCGGAGCCCUGGGUGCCCAGCAAGUCUUCGCCUCUGCGGAAGAAGCCCUGCAGGCCGCAGCCCACGUGCUGGAAGCAGGCGAGCACCCGCCAGGGCCCCUGGGCACACGAGGGGCUAUGCACGAGGUCGCCCGCAUCCUGCUGGGCGAGGGCCCGACCAACCAGAAAGGCUACACGCUGGCAGCACUGGGGGACCUGGCACAGACCCUGGGCCGUGCCCGGAAACAGGCCGUGGCUAGAGAAGAGCGAGAUCAUCUUUACCGGGCCCGGAAAAAGUGCCAGUUCCUCCUGGCCUGGACCAACGAAAAUGAGGCGGCCCUCACACCCCUGGCUCUAGACUGCGCCAGGGCUCACCAAGCCCAUGCUGUGGCAGCCGAGGAGGUGGCCGUCCUCACUGGGGAGCUGGAGCGGCUUUGGGGAGGCCCCGUGCCACCUGCCCCAAGGACUCUGAUUGAGGAGCUCUCUGGCUGAACGGGGUUACCCUGGUCAUUAAUAAAGCUGUGACUGGUCAA